CAAGAGGGUCGGUUCGUGUUCGGAACAGGGCCAGGACCACCCCUUCUGCUCGCGUUUUCCGCAGCCGUAGCGGGGGCCACCCGAGCCCAUUCAUUCGGGGCCCGGCUCCCCGCUCCUGCUCCAGAACCCAAGUCCAGAGCUAAGCUCCGCCUCGCCUGGGCUGUUGAGACUCAGCAUCCGCUCUCCUCCCUUGUACAGAUAGGGAAAACUGAGGAGGGGACCGCUGACCAAGGUCACCCCCUAGUCCGGAGCGGAGCGACCUCAGAGUAGCCUUUUCUGCCACCAGAGCCCCCUCGGCGACCGCUUCACCGCGUCCUCGCGCAAUGCGGGAGCCGCAGGGAGUAGCGGGGAAUAGUCUCGGGGAUCCCACUCAGGCGGUUCUUACUGCUGUGUGACCCCAGGCCGACCCUAGUACCCAGGGCUAGUAGAAACACCUGCCUCAUCCAGAUGUUGGGAAAAUAACGCACAAGUGCGGGGUAGUGAUUCUGGUACGCACUGGAUGCCCAGUCCAGUGGGUCGCAGCAGAAUAACCCCAGCAGAAACUUGAGGCAGCUUGGAGAAAGACGGCAGCGAGCCAGGUCGUGAGAAUGAAAGGCCUCUGUGUGUGGAUUUCCUUUCCGUUCGCCCAGCAGUUUGCUCAGGGUGGGGAUGCACACCUGGCAGCGGAUCGCGGGCCAAAUCCACGUCGACACCGGCUCACAUGGUGCUGCCCCGAGUUGGGCGGGAUCUGUUGCUCCAGGCCACCGGGGCCAAAGCUGAGCUAUUGGCUGCCCCAGGGUGGAGUGAAGCCCUACCCACUCCAGGGCUGCUGGUACUGCAGCCUCCGAGCUGGGCACAGCCUUCCUGGCUAAGGACCCCACCCUUGAAGCCAUUUGGUGUAUUUACUGCUUCCUCCCAACUGACCUUCCAGGGGAAGAGUUGUUGGAGCACUAGGUAUUAGUCGUCAAACCCAGGAACCUUUUGCUCCUGGGAAAAGACCUCAGUUUACAGCGACAGGCCCGUUUUGUAUCCUAGCCUCCCAUCCUGAAGGCGCGUUCUUCUGCCUGAGACUGUCCAUUCUCCAGACACGGAGGCAGGAAGGGCGCCAUGGAGGAGAAGGUGCUGGUCACAGGUGGGGCUGGCUACAUCGGCAGCCACACAGUACUGGAGCUGCUAGAGGCAGGCUACUCGCCUGUGGUCAUUGACAACUUCCAUAAUGCCAUUCGUGGAGCAGACUCCAUGCCCGAGAGCCUGCGCCGGGUCCAGGAGCUGACAGGCCGUUCUGUGGAGUUUGAGGAGAUGGACAUCUUGGACCAGGCAGCCCUCCAGCGCCUCUUUAAGAAGCACAGCUUUAAGGCUGUCAUCCACUUUGCCGGCCUCAAGGCUGUGGGCGAGUCGGUGCAGAAACCUCUGGAUUACUAUAGAGUUAACUUAACAGGGACCAUCCAGCUCCUGGAGAUCAUGAGGACCCACGGGGUGAAGGACCUGGUGUUCAGCAGCUCUGCCACCGUGUACGGGAACCCCCAGUACCUGCCUCUGGAUGAGGCCCACCCCACGGGGGGCUGUACCAACCCCUAUGGCAAGUCCAAGUUCUUCAUUGAGGAGAUGAUCCGGGACCUGUGCCGGACAGACACGGCCUGGAAUGCCGUGCUCCUUCGGUACUUCAAUCCCAUAGGCGCCCACGCCUCUGGCCGCAUCGGCGAAGAUCCUCAGGGUAUCCCCAACAACCUCAUGCCCUAUGUCUCUCAGGUGGCAAUCGGGCGACGAGAGGCCCUGAAUGUCUUUGGUGAUGACUAUGCUACAGAGGAUGGGACAGGUGUGCGGGAUUACAUUCACGUGGUGGACCUGGCGAAAGGCCACAUAGCAGCCUUGAAGAAACUGAAGGAGCAAUGUGGUUGCCGGACCUACAACCUGGGCACGGGCACGGGCUACUCCGUUCUGCAGAUGGUCCAAGCCAUGGAGAAGGCCUCAGGGAAGAAGAUCCCGUACAAGGUGGUAGCUCGGCGGGAAGGUGAUGUGGCAGCCUGUUAUGCCAACCCCAGCCUGGCCCAUGAGGAGCUGGGUUGGACAGCAGCCCUGGGGCUGGACAGAAUGUGUGAAGAUCUGUGGCGCUGGCAGAAGCAGAACCCUUCAGGCUUUGGGGCGCAGGCCUGAGGACCUCCUUACCAUGGACCAGAAAAGCAGCUGAGCCGGGCAGUGGUGGCGCACGCCUUUAAUCCCAGCACUUGGGAGGCAGAGGCAGGUAGAUUUCUGAAUUCGAGGCCGGCCUGGCCUACAGAGUGAGUUCCAGGACAGCCAGGGCUACACAGAGAAACCCUGUCUCGAAAAACCAAAAAAAAAGAAAGAAAGAAAGAAAAAAGAGCAGCUGCCUGCUUUCCAGUCUCCACAGGACCCUGUACCCUCAUGCUCUGCGGCCAAGUUGAGGCCACCCUACCUCAAAUGCCAGCUGUCUGCUCAACCCUCUAGGCAGGAGACCUCUGCUUCCACUGACCAGAAAGGAGUCUGGGUCUUUCUAGCCUAUGUCCCCCAGAGUCCAGCAGCUCCUGUGAUCCCAGCGACUUGGGGAGGCCAGGGGGUCUGGGACCAUAGCCUCUCCCAGGCACUAACUUAUACUGCUAUAAUUGAGCUUUCCAAAGUAUUUAAAAUAAAAAUGUUUUCAAAAAAAAAAAAUAAAUAAAAAAUAAAAAAAAAAAAA